ACAACAGCUCAUCCGUUUUCAGCUUCUCUGAGCUCUCCUCAUUGCCUCAGAUCACUUCUUCCUAAUGCAGAAACAAGGCAUCGGUAACCAGAGAAAAAUACGCAUAAACAAGACCGAAGACAAGCAUUAAGAUGGAAAACAUUUCUGUGGAUUUCUUAUCAAAUUCAUCCUGGAGGUCAGAGUGGUUCAAUGGAUCAAUACCCCAGGUCAUUCCGAACUUCUAUCUGGCUUUGCCAAUCAUAUAUUCCAUUAUCUGUGCAGUCGGACUGACAGGAAAUACUGCUGUCAUAUAUGUCAUCCUCAAGGCUCCAAAAAUGAAGUCUGUCACCAACAUGUUUAUUCUGAACUUGGCUAUUGCAGAUGAACUCUUCACGUUGGUUUUGCCAAUUAAUAUUGUUGAUUACUUACUGUUGCAAUGGCCCUUUGGAGAGUUUAUGUGCAAGCUGAUCAUUUCCAUUGAUGAGUACAAUACUUUUUCUAGCUUAUAUUUUUUAACUGUAAUGAGCAUUGAUAGAUAUCUUGUGGUUGUUGCGACUGUAGAAUCCAAGAAAUUAACCUAUCGUACAUACAGAGCUGCAAAAAUUGUAAGCAUAUGUGUGUGGAUUUUUGUUACCAUAAUCAUAAUGCCUUUUAUAAUCUUUGCCAAGAUCCACAAAGAACAUGGCCGUUUACAAUGUCUCUUUGUAUUUCCUUACCCAGAGAGUUUGUGGUGGCAGAUGAGUAGAAUUUAUACUCUGAUAAUGGGAUUUGCUAUACCUGUUUCUACUAUUUGCAUACUCUAUAGUAUGAUGCUUUACAAAUUGAGAAGAAUGCGUCUGAAUACCAAUGGAAAAGCUUUAGAUAAAGCUAAGAAGAAGGUGACAUUCAUGGUUGUAAUAAUUCUUGCCGUGUGUCUGUUCUGUUGGACCCCCUACCAUCUCAGCACAGUGGUGGCUCUUACCACUGACAUCCCCCAGACUCCAUUAGUCAUAGGGAUUUCGUUAUUUAUAACUAGUUUAAGUUAUGCAAAUAGUUGUCUCAAUCCAUUUUUGUAUGCAUUCUUAGAUGACAAUUUUAGGAAAAGCUUUAGAAAAUUAGUUGAAUGCAGAUCAUCCACCUAAAGAACAAAUGU